AUGGAUAUUCCAACUUUUCUUCCCCUAUUAGCGAAAGGGCGGAAACUUGUGGAAGACUUCCACUGGGACAGGCGGGAAGCAGAUCUUCGGCAAGCAAUUACUACGAUUGCGAACAGGCUCGGGGAGCUGCAUAGAGAAGACGCCCAGCUUCGACAGAAGAAAUUCAUCAACGAAGAGAGGCGCAAACGACGAAUGCUCGUUACAGAUUCGUCCUUCCCGUGCUCUCUGAAAGAGGGAACACCUGAAGCAGUCCUAGACCAAGGCGCUUCCCACGGCGUAAAGCCCCUGCCUAGCAAUCGGUCAUACUGCCCGUCCACGUUGUCCCGCGGUUCUUUUGACGCGCCUGAAUCGGCAUCUCGGAGCAGUCGAUCUCGCGUAACCAACUUCUGUGAGCCGCCUGCUAGUCUGGCCAGUAGGAGCUCGCUUAGGUACGCGUCGGAUAAGGCGAGUAUGAUCACAAAACCCAAACGACUUCGCUUGUGUCAGGUCGAGUCGAAGUCACUGUAA